AUGCCGCCAUCAAGUAAGCGCCGUAUCCGGCGCAAGGAUGCCAGAUUGCAAGAGACACCCGAAACUGACCUGUUGGAUUCCUCCCCUUCCCGUCGAACUACCAAGAAGCGCAAGAUUGACCACACCCGUGCGCUCGUCCUGCCUGUUGAAAAGACUCCAGAACCGGAACCCGUUUCGGCCAGCGAAGCUGACGACUCUGGUCUCGAAAAUGAUAUCGCAACAAACAAGGAUCUGGUGGAUGCCGUGAUAGCGUGUCUGGAUGUCUCCGAAGACCCUGUCGCGGUCAUGGACGAGUAUUCUAAUAUUAAAAACGAACGCGAAAACCCGGAAAGCGUGAAGGCUUAUGCAAAGAUUGCGGGCCGCGACUGGACUUACUACAUGAAGGGCCUGCACAUUAACAUCGGACGGCCCCCAGACCGCGAUCAGAGAAUCGAUGCCCAGUCCAGCCCUGUCGCCGUUGCGGCACAGGCAAUGCCAGAAGUCCACAUCGAUCUAGGUCCAAGCAAGUUCGUCUCGAGACUCCACGCUGAGAUCCUCUACAACAGCGAGGAACCGAGUGGCUGGCAUAUCCGCGUCAACGGCCGCAAUGGCAUUCGAUUAAAUACGCACAUUAUAAAGCGAGGAGGCAUCGCGCGGAUCACAUGUGGUGAUGUCAUCGAGAUCGCAGGAACGCAAAUGAUGUUCGUAACCCCGGAUGAUCAGGCAGUUAUCCACCCUUUCUUCGUGGAUAGAUGUCAGCGCCUGGCUGCUGGGGAUGAAGUUGGAGACUGGGAUGAAUCGCACCAUGCGCACCCUGAGCGUUCUGCCCGCAGCAACCGGGCUGCUGGUCGGACGUCUCAUUACGAACAGGGACAACGCAUUCCAAGUGCCGUGAACGGUGAGGAGCCCGCUGCCGCCACAGCUACAUCGUAUCAACAUGAUAGAAAUCGCCAAACUACCCCUCAAGCGCGUCCAAGGUCACCAAAUACCGCUGAUGCACCCGCUGCUAAGCAGUCUCCGUUGUAUAACCGCGGAAUGAUGAUGGAAAGCACGGAGAAAAUUGAUUAUAGUGACGAUUCAGCCAAGGAUCUGAAACCGCCAUAUAGCUAUGCGACGAUGAUUGCGCAGGCUAUUUUCUCAACGAAGGAGGAGAAGUUGACACUAAGUAAUAUCUACGCGUAUAUUACAGAGAAAUAUGCCUUUUAUCGUCAUACAAGCUCCGGCUGGCAGAACUCCAUCCGCCACAACCUCUCCUUAAACAAGGCAUUCCAAAAAGUUCCCCGCCGCACCGACGAACCGGGCAAGGGCAUGAAAUGGCAAAUUGCUCCUGAAUUCCGCCAGGAAUACUGGAACAAACAGGCCCGCAAGGGUGGUGGCGCCACUAACCAGUCCUCUACCCCUUCAUCGCCCGUUGGCAAGGAGACCAACACUAAUAAUAGUAACAAGAAUACUGCCAACGGCCAACCAAAAAGCUACGAUAAGGGUUUUGAAAGCUCUUUUACAGCAAGCAACAAGUCCCCCCAAAUGGCUUCACCAGGCUUCACAUCCUUCUCCGUCGCUCCCGUGGAGGCGUAUACACCCGAACGCGGCUCACGAGUUAGCCGGUAUAGCAUGACCAACGGCCAUAAUAACCUGAACACAACCACCAACACCAACACCCGCACAGACUUCGCGGAUCAACACUCGCCACUCCCCAACCGUUCACGCACAAACAAUCCUUCCCACACAUACGGACUAUCCGAUAACGUCUCUGGCUCCCCACCCGUUCUCUCCUCCUCUUUCUUCGAUGAUGCAACAUCGAUGAUCACGCCCGCGCCACGCAGACAGCAACCCCGUCUCGCACCGCCCAGCACGGCACAGAUACCAUCCAAGUUCAUGCCGUUGAGCUCGCCGGCGCAAUUCUGGAAGUUUGCAGAUAUUGGGAGUACACCGGGACGCGUACCGGAUAUGAGCCCGUUGAAUAAUGGAGGAAUGUUUAGUGCUGGUGGCAGAGAUAGCAGUGUGCGAAGCAGGGUUGGUGGGAUGAACGUCAUGCCUAGUAGUAGUCCGCCGCCGGCGAAUUUAGGAAGUCCGAGUAAACCGGGUAGCGGGGCUGGGUCGUCGAGGGCGCUGGGGUCGAGGAAGGUUGGGGCGCAUGAUGGUGUGGUUAAUAGUGGUAGCAGUCCUGUUAGUGGCGGACCUGAGGAUGAAGAGGAGGAAUUUGAUCUUGCGAGGUAA